AUGUCUUCGCCACUGAAUCCAGGAGAUGGACCCCGUCAUUUUACCUCUGGCUCAGCAUUCCUUCCACCCUUGGGUAGUAAAGGCUACUCCAGCUCUUCUAUGAGUCCUUCAGGUUUCAAUCCUGGUUUUAGGGGAGCUGGUUACUUUAGUAGCAGAAGCCUGGGUGGUAUCAGCCCAAACAGAUGUAGAAUUCCAGGUGUCGGUAGCUUCCGUUCUGCUAGAUACGGACCCAGUCAUCGGGAAAUCGGGGCAGGAUGGGGCUACCCUGGCAGUGGGUGCAGUUUCCCUUCUUUCCACCCGUAUGGGUCCAAACAAGCUUGGCCCAGUGAAAACGGUAGUCCCUUCAUCACACCUGUGAUUUGCAAUGAGACUCUCUUGCGUCCGAUCAAGCUGGAGAUCAACUCAUCCGCCCAAGCAGUGAAAUGCCAAGAAAAGAAAGAACUCCAAUCGCUGAACAGCAAGUUUGCCUGUUUCAUUGACAAGGUCCGAGACCUGGAGCAGCAGAAUCUGAUGCUGAUUACCAAGUGGGAGUUCCUGAAAGAGAAGAAGCACCCCAAAAGCAACAUGGAGCCCCUGUUUCAUGAAUACAUCAGCCAGCUGAGGAAGAAACUGGAGUGCCUGGAAUGGGAGAGAACUCAGUGGCAAGUGGAAGCGAAUAGCUGGAGGGAAACUAUGGAAGGGAAUAAGAAGAAAUUUGAAGAGGAAUGCAACAGGAGAGCCAGCGCCGAAAAUGAAUAUGUGGCACUUAAAAAGGAAGUAGACUGUGCUUUCAUGGACAAGGCAAAGAAAGAAGCUAAAGUGGAGAGCUUAAUGCAAAACAUUAGUUUUCUCAAAACUGCCAUUGAGGAGGAAAUCUGUGAGUUGCAAUCACGCAUCUCGGACACCUGCAUCUCUAUGAAAAUAGAUAACCGUCGAGACCUGGAUAUGGCUGGCAUUGUUGAUGAGUUUCGCUGUCGUUAUGAAGAUGUUGCGUCUCAGAGCCGAGCUGAGGCUGAAGCUUGGUAUCAAGACCAGUACCAAGAAUUGAAGACAGAAGCUGCCAAACACUGUGACAAUCUAUUCAGUGCUAAGGAUGAACUGGGUGAACUGUACCGAGUAGUUCACAGGCUGCAGAUGGAAACUGUAAAUGUUAAAGCCCAGUGUAGAAAACUAGAAGAGGAGGUGGCUGCGGCCGAGGAAUGUGGAGAGAUGGCCAUGAAAGAUGCGAGACGCAAACUGGCAGAGCUGGAAGAGGCCCUGCACAAGGCCAAGCAGGACAUGGCCUGCCAGGUGCGAGAAUACCAGGAACUCAUGAACCUCAAGAUGGCCCUGGAUAUCGAGAUCGCCACCUACAGGAAACUGCUGGAAGGAGAGGAGUGCAGGAUCAACGACGGGGAGUGUGCUGUGAAUAUCUCUGUGCAAAGGAGUCAAGGCGCUGUUGUGUGCAGCAACAAUUUCCUCUGUGGGCCAGGGAGAGGCAGUGGCGUUCUGACCCAUGAGAGAGAGAUCAGCAGCCCUAUAGACAUCAAAAGAGGCCUGGAACCAAGUAGUUCCCCCUGUGCAGAGUCACCUCCCCCCUGUGAAGAGCUCUGUAUCCGUCCUAAUCAAGAAUUUUGCCUCCUGAAUGGGAAGGACUCCGGUGUUACCUUUGUACUUUCGCCUACACCUUCCGAAUCAAGAGGGUAA